AGAUUCUCGGUGUGGUGUGUUUGUGUGAGAGUAGCGCCGACUGUCGGGAUGCAUUGAGCAAGUGGACGGACCGAAGGGCGCAGCGGAUGUUAUGGAGAGUAAUAUAUUUCCCGUAAAAGCUGACGAAGGGGAUUGAAGCGUCGUUAAACAACCAUGAAUGCACAGACUGAUUUCAGCUGAAGCAACAGGAUUUGUACUCCUAUACAAAAAUUCUUAAAAAUAUGGUUCUUCAUUGGCUUUCAUCUGCAUCUCUGCAUUAUCCUGCUGGAUCUCAUGUUUGUUUGCAACUCUCAUCAGACACUUGAACCUUGAAACCGCAAAUGUGAAGGAGUCGUCGAAUGCGUAUAAUUGGAGACCAAAGACAAUCCGAGCAGAAGCCACAGUCCUUGUGGUGUAAGACGGGAUUGUGAAGACAUUAAAAAUCUUGACUUAAAAGAUAUGGCAGAGCAUGGAGAGCUGCUAGCAGAGAUGGCAUCUAUCGGGCGCCUUUCAGCCACGGAACGCCUGAAGCAGGCGCAGAAGAGACGGGCACAGCAGCUCAAAGGCUGGGCUCAGAUGGAGAAGGACAGUGCCCGUGGUCACAAGGCCGACCACAAGGGAGAUGGGGUGAAGAAAAGCAGAAGGGUGACCUUUAACUCCAAUGUGAUGCUACUGGAGGCUGCAGCCAGGAAUGACAUAGAGGAGGUACGACAGUUGCUGAAUAAUGGAGUCAGUCCAGACCUUUUCAAUGAGGAUGGGCUCACUGCUCUACAUCAGAGCUGCAUAGAUGAUUUUUUGGAGGUAGCACGCUGUCUUCUGGAUGUAGGUGCAAAUGUGAAUGCCUGUGACAGUGAGCUGUGGACCCCUCUACAUGCAGCGGCCACCUGUGGACAUACUGACCUUGUCCAGAUGCUGAUAGAAGCGGGUGCAGAUCUGUUGGCGGUGAAUGCAGAUGGAAACAUGCCAUACGAUCUGUGUGAGGAUGAGGCAACGCUAGAGCUCAUAGAGAUGAUAAUGGCAGAACAAGGAAUUACUCAGGAGAGAAUUGACGAAUGCCGUGGAGCCAAGGAGAGGGUGAUGCUCAUUGACCUUCGAGAGAUGGUAACAAAUGGAGCUGAUCUGAAUGUGAAGGAUGAGCAGGGAGCAACUAUGUUGCAUGUAGCAGCUGCAAAUGGAUACAUAUCAGUUGGGGAGCUGUUGCUGGAACACAGGUUGUCUCCUGAUGAGAGAGAUGCUGAUGGCUGGACACCACUCCAUGCUGCCGCCUGCUGGGGGCAGAUCCAGAUGGUGGAGCUGCUGGUGGCUCAUGGUGCAAGUUUAAAUGCCAAAUCUGAGCUGGAUGAGACACCUCUGGAUGUGUGCACUGAUGAGGAGGUCCGGGCCAAAAUGAUGGAGUUGAAACAUAAACAUGAUGCCAUUAUGAAGGGUCAGGACAAACACAAGAACACGUUGCAGAGACGGGUGUCCAGCACUGGCAGCAGAGGAAAAGUAGUGAGGCGCAGCAGUGUGAAUGAGCGCAGCAGUCUGUACCGCAGAGAGCAUCAGAAGGAAGCCAAGGUGUGGCAGGAGAGAGGAAGACAAACAGAAGCCUUGGAUGAUGAUGAAGACAGACAAACGGAUGCAGAAUUGAACCUGCAUGCUUCACUGAUGUCCAGUCCUAAUGCCACCCCUGUUCCUCCAUUAGACGUUGGCGAGGUGGAAAAUGGAGCCCAAGUUAUGGGAAACGGUAGCACAGGUUCAUUUUCAGGAGAACUCCAGAGCGGGGGCCUCAUGGAUCGCAGCGCCUCCUAUCAGCUCUCUCCAGGUUCAGCUUCUGCUGGCGGGGACAGCAUGAGCAGAGAGAGAUCUCACCACACACUCGCAGAUCUCAAACGACAGAGAGCUGCAGCUAAACUGAAUAAGCAUCCAGCACCUCCUUUACCUCUGUCUGCAGGCCAUCAAGAUGACCCUGUCCCUGAAGGGCCUCAGGGGCCACUGGAGCCCUCUGAAUCAGUACAACAGGUUGUAUCCCCCAAUGCUGUGUACUUUACCCAAGCUAGUGGAGAUCCACCUCUGCUGAAGCUGAAAGCACCAGAAGAGGAAACAACCAAUACGAAAGAGCCAUGCUGUGGACUCAUGUAGAAGCAGCAAAUGAACACAUUUGGUUUCUUAUAAUUUUGCGGUUCUUACUACAAUAACAGAAUGGAAAAUGUCUGGCAGGUACGUGGAAUUAAGUUUUAUAUCUUACACUUUCUCUGACUAUUGCACAUGAACUUACUUUUUUAACACUAAUAUAUUAUUACAUAUAUAUUUCAUAACACUAAGAAAUUCAUGAUGGACCAGACAGCUUUCUGACUAUAUAUCACAAAUAUGAAGAAAUUAGAAGUUCCUGCAUUUGCAAAACUUUCAUGGAGUAAUUGCAAUGUUUUUGCAGUAUUUCACACUAUUAUGCUUGUAUUGUUUUUUUUUAUUUAGUUGUUGUGGUCAUUUGAAGUUUCAUAGUAUUGGCAAUGUUCAAUACAUCGAGAAAAAAAGACACUGAGCACUUUUGACCAAACUUUCUGCAGUUUUCUUAACUUUAACACACACGCACGCACGCACGCACGCACUCACUCACUCACUCACUCACUCACUCACUCACUCACUCACUCACUCACUCACACCGUAUAUAUAAAUAUAAGUGACAAAAAAAAGCACAUUUGAGUUGCACUGAUCAAUAUAAAACCCCAUUUCAUUAACAUUUUUUGUAUUUUUAAGGUCUGCGUCUAGAAAGUACCAUAGCACAAUUGCUCUUGGGGUGUGCGCACACUUGGCACAUUCAGUUUGAUUAAAACAAAAUUAAAAUAAAAUUGAGAGGCUCACCAAACAGACAGACUAGGGCCACUAGGAGAGUCUUGGUUAGCUUCCAAACAAACUAGUUCGGGUUAACUGAAAUGUUCAGGUUAUGAGGUCAGGUUGUGAUGUCACGAUCACUUGAUUUAAUGCUGAAAUAAUAAUAAUGGCAUAUCCCAGCAAGCAUCUAGUAGAAAUCGAUUAAACAUAAUUUUGCUGGGUGGAGAAAUAAGAAAGGCUGUGAAAUUAAGCUUUAAGGUUUGAUAUCAAUAGGUUCAAUCGUGUCGAAAAGAACAAUGCUUAACAGAAUUAAAUGUUUUGUUUUGUUUUUUGGUCUAGACCAAAUUAACUAAGAGAACCAAACUACAAGUGUGAACUUAGUCUUUUUCAACACCUUCAACAACUUCAACAUCACCUCUGGCAUCUUACCUCUGGCUUUAUGGAAUAAUUUUUGUUCCAAUAAGA